CAAAAAGCUUACAAUUGGACAAUAUGGGGGAGGUCGAACGAAUGCUUGGCACAACAGAAGCGCGCUUAUCACCCUCAAGUGUAGAGGAGCUGAAACUCUAAAUCGUUCGACGAUACCUACUCGUCUGAGCGAAGCCUGGGGGCGCAAGACGCUUCUAGCCGAGACGAGUACGCAGGAACGAGGCUGACUCGGAAUUCGAAUCUGGUACCUGCUUAAACAUAGCACGCCCAAGCCAGCAGGCCAGCACAUAUGUGAUGGCGGCUAUUAGGAGUUGGCGCCACGAGCGGGCAGCGGCCAUAUAGAAAUUGAGCUGAAAGCGAUGUACUACAUGACGAAACUCCUGUUGCUCAUAUCUCUAAAACCUGUACACGUAUCAGCCACCACGCCAAUAGCUUUCAUCAACCCGCCUCCUCUUCGCCAAGAGGAUCGCGACGACAGCAAGAAUGCUGUUUACAAAAUCGGAGCGACAAUGACGUUGCAGUGGACCGAGGACACGGAGGUUCGCUCGUCGUUGGUGCUUUAUCAGGUGCCGGGGGAUGGGUUUGAAUAUGUUGCUCCCAACCACGUCCAAAUAACCGACUACCUCUGGAUCGUAAACACAGCCAAAAACCUCUCCUUCUCCAACGUCUUCCAGUUCGCCAUCUAUUCCAACGGCUCGACGACCCCGAACGCAACGAGCCAUUACUUCAACAUCACCUCCGGGUCUUCCUCCUCCUCCUCGCCAAAUCUGAGUGCGGGUAGUCUCCCAGUGACAACAACUUCCUCCGCCUCUCCACUUCCUUCUUCCACCGGUAUAACAACCAAGACCUCUUCUGCUGGAGCAGAUGCACUCGACUCAAAAACAUCGACAGCGACAACACCAGCCAGCACGGACGGAGCACUUCAAAGCCAAGAAAGUGGAAACAAAAAGCUCUCAACCCCUUCAGCAGUCGGCAUAGGCAUAGGCGUCUCCUCCGCCCUCUUCCUCGCCAUCGCCGCCGGUGCCUUCGGGUACUGGAUUUUCAAGGUUCGGCCGAAACGGAACAGCAUUAGCCACCACGCAGUGGAGCUGCCACCGCCGCAAACACCGCACAUGGCGCACACGGGUUUCUGUGGUCCUACGAUGGUUAUGAAUGGGAACACCGGCAACGGGAAUGGGAAUGGGAAUAUGUAUCAGACAAAGGACAUCUUUGGGGGAGAAUUGCAGGGUCAUAAUGGACCGGGGAGGAAUGGGGGGUCAUCGGUUUACGAGAUUGAUUCGCAGACUGGUAGUGCAUUUGCGUGGGAUAGGACGAGGAAGUAGUAGUCGAGGGG